CAAAAGAGGGGAGGGGCUGCUUAAAAAUAUACAAGGAGUUGCCAGUAGAAAGAUGGCUUCAAAAUCUCUGACAGCAUUGCCUUCAGUGGUCUCUAUUGUGGCAGAGAAGACAGUAGUUGCCUUGAGAUGUCAUACUAGAGGGUUUGAGAAGGUGCUAUGGCCAAUUUUGGCAAUUAUCCUCACGGCUGGGGCUCUUAUUUGCUUUGCAGUGGCAGCUGGAACUCCAAUGUGGGUUCAGAUCAAUUUGUCAGAACCGACAAGUACAACUGAUCCUGACAAAGGAUAUAUUGCCUUUGGCAUUUUCAGUGGCUCACAUGUCAUUGAACUGCGAGCAGAUACUUUUAUUGACAGGGAUGAAGAAAGUUACCUUGUUUUUGAGCGAUACACAAACAUCCUAAUAUCUCGACUCUACGCAACCUUCGCUUUCUCACUGAUCGCUAUGCUAUUCUGUUUGGCGCUUAUUGCUGUCACUUUUAUAAACAGCUAUCAAACUGUGACAACAUGGUGGAAGGGCCCUUCUAUGAUGUACAUCUUGAGUGUUUUAACAAGUUUGUCUGCAUUCACAGCAACUGCACUGUUUGCUGAUUUUUACCUCUGGGACAUGGACACCGCAAUUGUGUUUAUGGAUAGCUUCAUCAUUCCAGGGAAUGAAGCAGCUACAUUUUACCUAAUGAGUUACACCAGAGUACCAACUCUACACUAUUCAUCUGCACUACAGAUUGGAGGUAUAAUUAUGAUGGAUAUUAUGUUCUACCGUACACAUGUAUAAUUUUUCGCUGGUGCAAAUUUUCGCUACACGGAUGGUCUCAGAGCCACUACGUAGACUUCAUUGUAAAACAUCACGUGAAUCACUUCUGUUUCCAAUCCCUCUCUACUCUAUCUAUGAUGCCAGCUUUGCAUGUAAAAUACCGGUGCGUGGGACCAGUUUUUUCCCGCGCAUUAACCACUCUGUCAUUCAAAAACAUGAAAUUUUGCACCUCACAAACAUUUUCUGCUAUAAUAACUAGUGUUCAAGCUGGCGCUGUGCUAAUGCCUCUCGCCAUGUUUUUGCUUUCGCUUAAAAGUAUUAGAGUGUUAUAUUAGUAUUAAAGUUAGCUUAUCUAUAUAAAGUCACUGAGAAGAAAAGACUUAUUUACAUGCAUCUAUUGUUGUAUUAUGUGGCUUACCAGGAUCUCAAGAAAGAAGAAAAUUGAUUCUUCCAGGAUCUGUAGUUCAGUGUAUAUAAUAUCUAAGAAGAAAAGACCUGUGUACAUGCAUAUUGUUAUCUAUAUUGUUAUAUGGUAGUGUUUUGUGGCUUAUAUACCAGGCCCUCAAGACAAAGAUGAUUCUGCCAGGAGGAUCUUGGGAUAUUAUUUUCUCACACAUGGGGAAUGAGCGCGCAUGCGCAUUACAUCCACAGGAAUAAUUAAAGGGUGUGUCCAAAGAGAUCAAUUUCACAAAUGGCUACUGCUAGCUAGCUGUUUUAAAAGAUAUUUUCUGAGUAUUGUAGCUAACAAAAAGCUAGCGCUUUAGUGCAAGGCUAACUCAUAUGUUGAAUAGAAAGUUUGUGCGGACAGAUGAUGCUAUGAAAGAUUCUGAAGAGACUGCAACAGCCUUCAAUGUGAGUCAAACUAGCCAUAACUCGAGAAAGAAGCUUUAGUUUGCUAAUCCACGAAUCAAAAUCCAAGAGAACGUGGCUAGAAGCCUAUAGAAGCUGUUAGUUUUCGUUACAUUGCAACCGUUGAGCAGUUAUAGCUGGAAUACACACACACACAGACAGACAGACAGACAGACAGACAGACAGACAGACACACACACAGCCAGCUUUACCGUAUCCCUCGUGCGGCUACGCCUCGAGGCAUAAUUACAAAGAGUCUUGCAGCUGUCUUCUCACUCUAGCUGAAGCUAUACCAAUAGCUAGCAUUCUAGUGCAGAGCAUAUAACUAUACUAAGUGGACAAGUUUUGCUACCACUAGCUCUUUUGAAAAGGCUGCAAGUAAGCAAAUUAAUUACUCAAGAACAAAGCAGUAUUUUGCAAAUCAUAGAAAACAUGACUAGAAGCCUAUAGAAACUCUUUACACUUGCACUUCAUCGAUCUUUGAGCUGAGUGCAUGCAUGCACACAUGCAUGCAGAAAACACACACACAAACACACUGUAUCGUAUACCUCGCUUACGCAUGCGCACCGAGGCAUAAUUAGAACAACGAACAUUUCGCAGAAAAAAUGCAUCCGGAAUAAUUAUGCCUCAGUGUGCGCAAGUGAGGUAUACAGUACGUGUUUGGGUGUGUCUGUGUAGAGUACAUGUUACAGCUGCUCAAGGAUCAAUGUAAGAGUCUCUAUAGGCGGAAUUUAAUUCAUGGUUCUAGAGUUGUAUAAUAUUAUUAUAGCUAGGUUUGCUCAUAUCAAAACAUUUUGUCAAAUGAAUGUAAAAAAUAUGUAAAAGUUGUCAUCAAACAUUUAAUCUACAAGUAUACAAAUGCAGUAAAAAGUGAGACAAAAACACACAAUUUGUACUUCAAACACUAAAAAAGAAGGAAUUUUACCUAGAAAUAAUUUUAGUUUGCUCUCUAUUGUAUAAUCUAGCUAUUACUCUUUCCAAUGAUACCUCACAUGCAGUUUCUACAUGAGCUGCAUACAGUGUUUUUCAGGUUUGAAAUAUAACAGUGAUGACAGUUUUACCAUUGAAUUGCAGUGACUGGAAAGGGACUGUCCCAUACUUUACAUCAUAAAUUUUUGUGGGAAGGGUAUUUACCUUUAGUUCGGUGCUAGGCAGCACAAGUAAUUCCUAAGGAUUCAUAUGAAUGUGGGUUGCCUAGUUUCCUGUUAGUGUUAAGCAGCGUUAAUUUUGCAUAAGUGCAUGUAAGUAGAGCUAGCUAAAGUUUAUUGUGCCCAGGGGCGUAGGGAGGGGGAGGGCUUUGGGGGCUGGAGCCCCCCCUUUCUCUGCAAAAACUACACUAAGAGCCCCACCUUCUCUGAUGAGUCUUCAGCCUGGGAAUUACUGGUAUAGAUUAGUGGCAGACAAACAGCAUGUCCAAGAGCUAGCUAUACUAUACUAGUAACUUUGAUUCUUUAGUGCAACAGAACUAAGCUAGCUAGCUACGGCUAGCUAGCUAGCUUUAGCAGUAUUAUUAAUUGAAGCAAGGUGUGGCUAUUUCUUGCACAUGCGCAAUGAGUCAUUAAUUAGGGGGUGUGGCUCCUGGUCACCGGAAUUUUCGGCGCUCCGCGCCAAGUAGUUUCUGGCGCGAACAGCUCCCUCUUCCUCAAAUUCCUGCCUACGCCCCUGGUGCCAGCUAGACUACAGUAUACCAACUGAGGAUGACAGAUCAGCCCAAGUAACAGCCAAGGUAUACUACUGUAACAUAGAGCUGAUGUCAAGUUUCCAAGACAAGCAAGGCAAAGCAAAGACAGUGCCCAGGAACUGAAGAAAGCCCCUGAGAAACUCUCUCCUGGUGGGAUUUACCGACACUGACGAUCCAUCAAGAGAUAGUUAACAUACAUAUAUUGGAUAUGAUGAUGAGUAGAGUAAUUAUGAAUGGAGAGAAUAGCUGGUAGUCUAGACUUGAUGGACUGGAUGAAAGUCUGAACAGUGACACUGAUAACUGAUUACAGACUUAGUUUAUUCUCUUUUUCAUUGUAUUUUGAGUUAGGAACCAAGAUUAAAGUAUAAUCUGGUCUGCAGAAGAAAGGUACAGAUGCUAACUUGAAUCUAUGCUACCUUGUUUGCUAAUUACACUGCAGUACUUUUAUUAUUUAUUAUGAAGAGGAAA